UGUUCAUUCCAAAAAUACUUCUUAACGUAAUUUGUCUUUUCAGGCUUCUAAUGUGUGGGCUUACUCAUACUGUUCCUUCUGUAAGAGAGAAUGUAAUAGAUUCCAGUAGGUGUGCUGUUAUAACAAUAUUCCAAUUUUCUUUUCCCUUUGGCUCUCUUUACAACAUUAUUUCUGCUAUACUUUGUUAGCUGAUUCUGUGGGGAAAAAGUAAUUUUCAUAAUAGAAAAUACGACUUGAAAAGGUAAUUUUUUUCUCCUGAGAAAUCAGAAUUCGUGGCAGGCCUGGGGUACUGUCCUCCUGCAUCUGUGACUUUGGAAGAGUGGCUUCAUUUCUCAGACUCAGCUUCCUCAUUUCAGAAAACAAAAUCAUAACCACCAUAAACAAACAGGAAAAACAAAACAAAACUACCUUUUCAGAUGGCGGUGAGAGACCAACUCAAAAGUACUGAAGAGAACUGAACACACCCUGGGCCUGACUCUUUCCUUCUUGUGAGCCUGAGUCAUGAGUUGGAUGUUCCUCAGAGACCUCCUAAGUGGAGUAAAUAAAUACUCAACUGGGAUUGGGCGUAUUUGGCUGGCUGUUGUGUUCAUCUUUCGUUUGCUGGUCUACAUAGUGGCAGCAGAGCACGUGUGGAAGGAUGAAGACAAGGCAUUUGAGUGCAACACUCGGCAGCCUGGUUGUGAAAAUGUGUGUUUUGACUACUUCUUCCCCAUCUCCCAGGUCAGACUUUGGGCCUUACAACUGAUCAUGGUGUCUACACCGUCUCUCUUGGUGGUCCUACAUGUAGCCUAUCGCCAGAGUAGAGAGAAAAGGCACAGAAAGAAACUCUAUGUUAGCCCAGGCACCAUGGAUGGUGGCCUAUGUUACACUUACCUGCUUAGUCUCAUUGUGAAAACUGGCUUUGAAAUUGGCUUUCUUGUUCUAUUUUGUAAAUUAUAUGGCAGUUUUAGUGUUUCCCACAUUAUGAAGUGUGAUUUGAAGCCCUGUCCCAACACUGUGGACUGCUUUGUCUCCAAACCCACUGAGAAAACAAUCUUCAUCUUCUUCUUGGUCAUUGCCUCAUGCUUGUGCAUUGUGUUGAAUGUCACUGAACUGAGUUUUUUGGUUCUCAAGUACUUUUUCAAGUGCAGUCUCCACAAACAUUCUAAAAAGCUCAAGUGCUCAGAACACAAGAGCCAUCAUCCCAGCUAUGUUGAAUGUGGUGAGGUGGGGGCCCCUCCAUGACUUUAUAACCAUCAUUUAGGCUUGGCUGUAGGUACAUACCAGCAAUCUGAAGCAACAUUACUCUUUAACACAUAAGAGAAUUAAACAAAGAAAUCUUGCAUCCUUCCUAAGCAAGAUCUUAACUGGGUUGGAAAACUAGGAGUAUUAGUGUUAAUAUUAUUUGGGAGAAAUUAAAAGAAAUUAAACAUCUUUCAGUGCUGAAUGCUGAAGAGGACUCCUUGUCUUGUUGUAGAGUUCUUCUUGGACAAACAAGUUGUGUUUUUACUAGUUGUAAAUUAAUCUAAAGACAUGGAACUAACAGCCAGGUGCUGGUAGCUCAUACCUGUAAUCCCAGGAGGUUGAGAUCAGAUGAUCUAGGUUCAAAGCCAGCCCAGCCAAAAAAAAAAAAAAUAUCAUGAGACUUUUAUCUCCAAUCAGCCAACAACAAAAGCCAGAAGUGGAGGCUUGGGUCAAGUGUAGAGCAAGGAAGACAAAGUCAA